GUAAUGACGAGCAUUCUCCGUGUAAGUUCAUUGAAGAGAACUUAAUAGCUCCAAGUAUCUUAUGCCUAUCUUUUAGAGUUCUCAAAAGUGUUUAGCUUUGCAUAAACGUAGCAUGGCUACCUCGCCACUCAAAAAACAAGGAAAGUGGUGCGAGAAUUUAACAAAACCAGUGGCUGCUGAUAUGAUUGGUACGCCUGAUCCAAUUUCAAACCUUCGACCUGUAAAAUAUUAUAUACCUGAGAAUGAAACAGCCGACGAAAAAGAAUGGAGAGAGUCUUGUAUGAGAGUGGAUAAAUUUAAUGAGGAUUUCUGGCAUCAUAAUAAUACAAUGUUUGUCCAAGCAAAGGCAGAUUAUGAAGAUAAUUUAAAAGCAAAUGGACAAGAAGUGACAGCCGAAGCAUUGUCAGUGUUUUAUAAAGACUUUUUAAAUAAGGCCUACGAUCGACAAAUGGAAUACAACCGUACUUGGUGGAAAAUGAAUGUUGCUCAAUUAUACCCUGGAUUUAAAGCCGCUAUCCGCUCUUUAAAGUCCAAGAACGACACCACACUUUCUGCUCAGGUCAAAGGCAAUGGAUUCUGGGAAAAGAGCUUCGAAUCAUAAGAGAAUUUUUUUAUAUAGAAG